UCAGUCCAACCGCAGAGAGGAAAGGACAAAACGUGGAGUCAGAGCCAAUGUGAGCAGUAAAUGUGUGUCUCUCUCCCUCUCUCUCUCCGGGAGGAGGAAAACAAAGGAAAGAAAAGACUUUUUCUCAUUGAAAACACUUUCUGGUCAGACCAUGAUGGGACGCUCUCCUCACUGCUGGGCGCAGCCAGGCUCCUCCACCAACUGAUGGUCCUUUACCUCAAAGACAGAGAGAAGCCGAGAGACACAGAGGCAGAGAGGGAGAGAAAGAGAGAGAGAGAGAGAGAGUGAAAGAAAGAGAGAGGAUCUUGUGUGGAGGACAGACGAGGUUGAUUCCCUGCUCUCCCUCUCCCUCUCUCUCUCUCUCUCUGGGUGACUAUGGAGUACUUAUUCCGAAAAAGAAAGUUGGUGAAAACCUUGUUGAGUUUAUCCCUGAUUUUCGCCAUGGUGGCUGUUAUCCAGCGGCUGAAGCUGGGGGCUGGGGGUGUGGAGGAGGCUCUGGGCAGACACAGGCUGGACUCGGUUUGGUUGGAAGCCGAGAGCAACUUCUACAAGAGCAGCAACACCGGGAACCUGAGCUCCGGGCGGCUCCAGGGCGAGGGCUUGGCUUUGGGUUUGGCUUUGGGUUUGGGGGGUGAUUCGGGGCUUUCCCUCAACUCGUCCACCCCUUCCAGCUGGGACAUCCACACCACCAACUGCUCCGAGAACUGGGAUGUGAAGCAGAUGGACUGGUUUCGGGGCUUGGACCCCAGAUUCCAGCAAUACGUGCUAUACAGACACUGCAGAUACUUCCCGAUGCUCCUCAACCACCCAGAGAAGUGCUCGGGCCACGUGGACCUGCUGAUUGUGGUCAAGUCGGUGAUCGAGCAGCACGACCGCAGGGACGCGGUCAGGAGGACCUGGGGCAGAGAGCAGCUGCUCCUCGGGAAGACUGUGAGGACCUUGUUCCUCCUCGGGACCCCGGCCAUCGGCAAAGACCACAAGAACCUGCAGAAGCUGCUGGAGUACGAGGACAGGCUGUUCGGGGACCUGCUGCAGUGGGACUUCAUCGACACCUUCUUCAACCUGACCCUCAAAGAGGUCAACUUCCUCAAGUGGUUUGACAUCUACUGCCCCAGGACCCAGUUCAUCUUCAAGGGGGACGAUGACGUGUUCGUAAACACGGAGAACGUUCUGGAAUUUCUCAGCAGCCAGAGGCCGGGGCCCAGCAACCUGUUUGCCGGGGACAUCAUCUCCAGGGCUUUGCCCAUCAGGAACCACCAGAGCAAGUACUUCAUCCCUAAACAACUGUACGACAAGCCCUACCCAUCCUACGCGGGGGGUGGCGGGUUCAUCAUGUCUUCCCACUUGGCCAAACGCUUGUUCGCCGUUUCCGAGAGUCUCCAGCUUUACCCCAUCGACGACGUGUACCUGGGGAUGUGUCUGCAGAAGAUCGGGGUAGAUCCCCAGCUACACCUGGCCUUCAGGACGUUUGGAAUAGUCAAACGCAAGGUCAGCCCCAUGAACGCAGACCCUUGCUUCUACAAGAACCUGCUGGUCAUCCACAAACUCAGCCCCGCGGGUUUACUGCAGAUGUGGGACACUGUCCACAACUCCACCCUGGUGUGCGCCAAGAGGGUGGUUGUAGAUACAAACAUGUAAUUCCGAGUGGCUUGAGGAGAGGAGAGAAGAGGCGGGGG